AUGAAUACUGUCUUUAAAAUACUCAAAAGCAACCCAGCUUGGUGGAAGGAUAAAUACACCGAAGAGACUCUCGACAAUCAACUUCUAUACAUUCGCCUAGGGAUAGAGCAGAACAUACCUCGGAUUCGCAAGCGUCGAAUAGAAAGAGUCAAUUAUAUAAAAGCUAGAUGGUCGAAGUAUGAAGGAGUAUGCUCUUGGGUAGAGGAUCCAUCACAAACGAGUAAUUUUCUUUUUCAUUUGGCAAGAGUAGCAAAGAAGUUUCCCAAUUACCCUGAUGCUCUACAUAGAUUAAAUGAUGCUUUGAUUCAACGCCUUUUGACAUCCAAAAAGGGAUCAAGGAAUGGAAAGCGAUUGCAAGGAUCAGAUUGUGAGAGGGCGAUAAACAUUGAAGGGGCACGGAGACACCCUAAAUCAAUGUAUGAAAAUCUACGAUUGAGCAUCAAUUUAUCAACAGGGUUAUAUGGCGAUAUGAUUGAAGCCCAGUAUCAAGAUGACUCGAUGAAUAUCUCUGCCAAUAUUCUUGAUGGGACAACUCUGUUGGAGAAAAAUGGUUUAUAUUUACAACCAGACACACCAUAUAUUAAAGGUGCAUCCGAGCUACCUCAUGUUCAAGGGAUGAACGGAAUCGAACCUAUUAGCAUUGACACCAGACUCAAUCACUCUUCUCGAGAAUUAUCAAGAUACACUAGAUUUGACGCGGAAGCGGAUGAGCUUUCACCUUCUAUUGAUACUGACUCGGAUGAGUCUAUGAUAUCAAACUUUUCCGACACAGCUCGUCAGCUCAUUUCCUGUAAAUGCACAGUAUCUUUUCGUCAAAAGAUUGAUACAUUAUACCGGACGCAUAAAUGGCGCCGUAUGCCACCAGAUGUUCUCAACGAUGUUAUGAUUAUGCUCAAUGUUACUAUCAGAAACCUGACGAGAGUUUGUUCAAGGCACCAACGGAAAAUAGCUGUUUUAUCUGGUCUCAAAGUUAAAUACUGUAAACAGAUCGAGUUAAACGAUAGGAUGAAAGCUUUAAAUACGGCACGUCUCAACGGUGAAGAGGCGUUCAACGCACUUAAGAUUGACGAGGCGAGUGGUUGGUUUUCAGAUUUACAUAGAGUACAACAAAAGUGUGAUGCUUUGGGACAUUAUAAAUUUGCUAAGCAGGCAAGUUGGCCUCCGAGGACCAUUCAAGACCGUCUUUUCGAUGAUGAUUUUCUGAAAAGAACCCUUUCAUUCUUAUUAUCGUCGGGUGUUACAGGAGUGGAAAGUUGGGAUUCUGAUGCUGAUAUUUGCACCUGGGACGAGAAGGGAUCUGUGAAUAUCCCAAUAUUCAAAUGGUGGUGGGUGGCAAAUGAUGGAGAAGUAGCUCGCAUUGUAGAUGAAGAUCUGGAGAUGUAUAAACAUCACACUCGACAAGAUUUUCAUGGAAAUGAAAACAAAGGCUGGCUCCCAAUAGCUUUUCAUUCCAUAGCACAACAGCUAGUAUCACAAGAUCCAGUACAUUACGCCACAUAUACGGCCUUAAGACCGGAUCAUUGGACGAGCUUAUUGUCAUAUCCUUAUUAUGCAAAAUACUCCGAGUUCGAUGAAAAUCAUCCUACAACAGGUGGCUUUGAACAUAUCGAUCAAAAUGUGAACAAGCUUUUGAAAGGGGAAUUUAACAUAAAUGCUCAAGUCCAAGGCUCCAUUAGUCUCGAUGACGAAGCUCUUCUUAACAGUACUAAGAUCGUGCCUGGCUUUCACAAACCUGGGGUUCUCGCAGAAUGGUGGGCAGGAAUACCCGAAGACCACAAAAAAAGCGGUGCCGUAACACGCAUCCCAACUAUAUCGAGCCCGCGACUUAACUGGGAACCGGUACCAUGUCUCCACGGCGAAGCACGUUUUACCAUGCCCCAAAUCCCCCACGGUGCUCAACCCCGCUAUCCGGAUAUGCCCAAACGCCGCACCAUUCUUCCCUGGAUGUCCCGCGUCGCGGAAGACCAUAUGACGCUUCCGAAUACGGAUAAUGGGGCGGGGACAGUACAAGAUGUUACGUUGGCGCGAGUAGCGUGCAUGCCGCCUAAAGCGACACAAAGCGGAAAACCGAUCUACAAUUCGCAUAUUCCGUAUAGGUUUCCGGGGUGUGUGAGAUUGGAUUCGUUGGGGGCAUUGUCGGAUGCACUGUUGGGAUUGAGGAGGUGGGAUGCGCCGGAGGUGGUGGAGGAGCAAGAGAUUCUAUUUGGGGAGGAUAGAGAGCGGGCGAGGGAAUUUAUCGAGGAGUGGAGGGAGAAUGCUACGAGGGCCGCAAAGAAGGCGUUUGAGAUUGGGAAGAGAACGGAAAUAAGGGGUUUUGGAUCGGAUUCUUAUUGGAUUGAUAAGUAG